AUGCUGAUUAAUAUUAUCGCCCAGCAAGAGCAACACUGCAUCAAUGGGCUGGAAGUCGAACCCGAUCAAAGGGUCAGCUCGCUUUUCCGAGAAAUUUCAAGGCGUUUAAAUAUUGAAAACGUCGAGAGAAUUCGACUUAUUUAUUGUGGUCGGCUUCUUAAGAACGAUCACCUUCUCAGUGAAUACAACAUAAGUGACGGCUCUAGUGUGCACAUGGUGAUUCGCUCCGCCGAAGCCAGUCACGGAAGUGCAGAGCAACCGUCUGGACAAAACAGCAACGUCCAUACCAUUAGGACCCAUACGAUCGGCAGCGGAAUGCAAUCUAUAUUAGGUGCUUUUGUGGACGCGAUAUCGCAGCGGCUAAACUCUGAACCCGGGGAAGCGGACGCCACCAUAGUAACCCACUCCAACGUGAACCCCUUUACCGAAUCCAGCUUUAGUGUGUUUAGACACUCUUUUCCACUUAACACUAACAGCGGUAGUAACAACACGCAGAGAGAGGCCACGGCCCCCUCGCAGCCCCCCGUCCCUGAACCCCAACUUCAAACGUCAGUCCAGAUUACAGACUUAUCUGCAGAGGGCGGGACUAGGAGCUCCCCACAAGCACACACCAACACCAUCACGACGCCAACCGAAGUGCCCGUCGCCGGCGUCUACCUGCACGUUCACUGCAAUCUUGCUGAGGUGGAUCUCUUGCCAGAGCGUCUCGGCAGGGUAAUGCAGCAAAUGAAUCGAGGCUCUGAAUCACACACGCCAAACAUCAACAUUCAAGUUCAUCGUACCCCCAGCGCGCAUCAGUCGGAUCACCCACAGGAGGAGCAGGACCCUAGGCCUGAUGAAGUGCCAUCGUUCUUGAAGAUAUUUUUGUAUUUUUUCGCUGAAAAUAUCUCUUUCACAGAUAUAUUUGGUAUUUUAAACCGAAACUUAAGCUUUUUUAUACGGAAGCGCGAAGGUCUACGACAAAAACUCAAUGAUCAUCUCACUCGGUAUUAUCCCAAUAUUGAUAACCUCAAUCCAUAUGAGGAAAAUAGAUCCCGCCUCAAAAAGAUUUCAGACUUCGAAGGUGAGUUUGUCUUUUCGAAUCUGAUGAAGUUGGAGUCUGUACGAGAGAUGCUGGCAGAAUUUACCUCGACGGGUUCCCAGCGGGAGCUCAUCACUUCGGAGCUUAAAAACGUGUUAAAAUAUUACUUCUACAAGUUACUAACUAUCAUCCAAAGUGUUGAACCAACCGAUGAUGAACAAUGGGCUUCCUCACUGUUUCAUAUCGUAAUCCAUUUAAAGGAUGCGAUCUUCAAACGUGCCCAGCAUCAAUGGUUCCACGAUAAUGUCGAACCAUCUGUGGUGCUACAUAAAAUUUAUGACAUCAUCAUUCAGCAAACAUUCGAUUCUUCUGAAAUUACCGAAAACACCCAACUCAACAUUGUAGAAUUGGAAAUGUUGGUGACACAACUAUUGAAUAUAGUGUCACCUCUUCUUGAGGCGCAACGCAACGCAAACGAGGAUAACAAUGAAAUUUUUACCCAAUGGCGAAAUGUCAUUGAAAACGAAGAAGCGAUUUCAGAUACGGAGCUGGCUGACUUAGUUAUUCAGGCUCUUAAUGAACAAGAGGACACACCCUUGGCUCAAUUCAAACAAACUCUCGAGCAAUGGGAAACAUUGGGAGGUUUGACAGACGAUUCUGUUAAUACUAUAGAAUUAUCCAUAAGACAUCUUCCCAUCCUGGAGGCUCAAUCAAACAUACCAUCAUAUAACGUCAAUGAAGACCCUAGUCCCAAACCUGAGACGCAUUACCCCUUCUGGUCUGAAUACUGGAACGAACACCUAUAA